AUGAUGUGUGUUAUUUAACAAGUGAUGUUUUAUUUACUUUUGAUAAGGAUAAUGAGAAAACAAUAGAUACGUCCUUUAAGGAUAUAAUAUGUUUCUAAUAAUAUUUUUAAAUAAGAAUCGUAAAUGAUGGUAAUAAAUUUAAUCAUAUUAAAAUAAUUCUAAUUUUAACUCAAGACUGCGCAUCGCGCUUGAAUUAAAUAUGUCAAAAAUACCAUAUAAAGCAGAAAAAAGACUGGACGAUGAUGAGGACUAUGAAAUAGUUUCAUUCGAGGACUUUUGUGAUAAAUCGCCGGCAGCUAAAACUGAUUUAUUGACAUUAAAUGAUAACAUAAAUUAUCGACUUCACUAUGAGAGCGAUAAAAGCUCAAAUAUUGCUGAAGGCGGCGAACCUUCCACCCACAACGUUGAAAUGCAUACAGAGACCUCACUGAAUGCUCCAAACAAUGAGUCUCAUAAAAAAAAGGCAACUUUUGCCCCAUUUGAAGGACCAGGCAGGUUUUAUCGUCGGUAUCUCAUUAAGAGUGUCCUAGAAGGGCCCCCGAUAGAUGAAGACGAGCCUACAAAUUUCGAGGAACCGAGAUACGAGAGAAUUUCAGGACGUGGCGGCUUCUUGGAAAGUUGUUGGUACGAGGUCUCUCCCCUGUUACCAAUUAUGGGUUCUGCGGUGGUGCUGAGCGCGCUUUUCGUGGCGGCGUGGUGGGCAGUGGGCGGUACACUGGAUGGCAGCUGGGGGGAUGAUCAUUAUAAGAGGCUGUGGGAACGUGCGCAUCCAGAGAACGCGGUGAAGAAACCCUCAUCACCGACCAUCGAAAAGGCUAUACAGACGGAGAACCGUUACCACGAUCACAACAAUUUGUCGACGAAGAAUAAGAUUAACACAACGGACUUGAGCAGGAAGAAGGAUUACAACAAGAAGAGCGGUCACGCGGAACGGCCGGUCGGGGUUCUGAAGGAGGUUUGCGCCAACGUGUCGGAUAACAUGCGCUUCGAUUGUCAUCCGCAGGAAAACGCUACCGAGAAGGAAUGUGUUAAACGAGGCUGCUGCUGGCGGGCGGGCGCGGCGGGCGGCCCGCGCUGCCACUUCCCGGCGCCGUACGCCUCGUACCGGUUCGUGAACAGCACGGAGAGCCGGCACGGCCUGGUGCUGCAGCUGGCCCGCGCGCGCGACGCGCACUACCCGCGGCAGUUCGGCGCCGUGCGCGUCGACUUCGUCUACGUGUCCGACGACGUGCUGCAGAUCAAGAUAACGGACGCAGAAAACAAGCGCUUCGAGCCCCCGUACCCCGAGAUACCGAUAGUGUCGGGUCAGAUAACGAAAUUGAAGUAUCGCGUAGAGAUCGACAGCUCCGCAGUCGGUUUCAAGGUUAUUCGAAAUUCGGACAAUGUGACAAUCGUGAACACCCAGAACGUGGGCGGGCUGAUCCUGUCGGACAAGUUCCUGCAGAUCUCGUCGUUGCUGCCGACGGACCGCGUGUACGGGCUGGGCGAGAAGCAGGCAGCCUUCCUCAACGACCUGCAGUGGAAGACCAUCACCCUUUUCAACCAGGACAUGCCGCCCACCGAGAACGUAAACUUGUACGGUACACAUCCAUUCUACUUAGCGUUGGAAAAAGAUGGGCAGAGUCACGGGAUGGCCCUUAUAAACACAAACGCUAUGGACAUAGUAUUGCAACCGACGCCGGCUAUCACGUACCGCACCAUAGGUGGUAUACUCAACUUCUUCGUGCUCCUCGGACCAUCGCCCCAGGAAGUGGUGGCUCAGUACACUAGCCUGGUGGGCCGACCGUUCCUACCACCUUAUUGGUCACUUGGAUUCCAUUUGUGCAAGUACGACUACGGCAGCUUGAACGUAACCAGGGAUGUUAUGCAGAGGAAUAGAGAUGCAGGAAUUCCACUGGACGUCCAAUGGAAUGACUUGGACUACAUGAGCAACGGCAACGACUUCACCUACGACAAAGACAAGUUCGCAGGUCUACCGGAAUUCGUGGAGCAGCUGCACGACCAGGGCAUGCACUACGUCAUACUCGUCGAUCCCGGUGUCAGUGCCUCUGAAAAACUUGGAGAGUAUCCGCCUUUCGAUCGCGGUUUGGAAAUGGACAUCUUUAUUAAAAACUCGACAAACCAACCGUUUAUUGGCAAGGUUUGGAAUCCGGUAUCCACGGCCUGGCCGGACUUCACUCAUCCCAACGCUUCCGCCUACUGGAAGGAAAUGUUCUCCGACUUCCACAAGAUAGUCAAAUACGAUGGAGCCUGGAUCGACAUGAACGAGCCGUCCAACUUCGUGUCGGGCCCGCUGCACGGCGCGUGCGCGCCGGAGCGGCUGCCGUACGCGCCGGCGGCGCUGCGCGCGGGCGGCCUGCGGCGCCACUCGCUGUGCGCGGACGCGCGGCACCGCGCCGGCGCGCACUACGACCUGCACAGCGCGCACGCGCUCACCGAGGCCGUCGCCACGCACGAUGUGAUGAGGGAGAUCCGUGGCCGGCGCCCCUUCGUGCUGUCCCGCGGGUCGUCCCCCGGCCUGGGCCGCGUGUCGGGCCACUGGAGCGGCGACGUGUACAGCCGCUGGCACGACAUGCGCAUGUCCAUCCCCGCUCUGCUGAGCUUCAGUCUGUUCGGCGUGCCGAUGAUGGGGACGGACAUCUGCGGGUUCAUCGAAGACACCACGCCGGAACUCUGCAAGCGAUGGAUGCAGCUCGGAGCUUUCUACCCGUUCUCUCGGAACCACAACACCAAUGAUGCUAAGCCCCAGGACCCGGCCACGCUGGGCGGCGAGGUGCUGUCGGCGAGCAUAACAGCGCUCCGGCUGCGCUACCGGCUGCUGCCCGUGUACUACUCGCUGUUCGUGCGCGCGCACCUGCGGGGCGACACCGUGGCGCGCCCGCUGUUCUUCGAAUUUCCAUCAGACGCAAACGUUUACCCAAUCGACGAGCAAUUCCUCAUCGGUCCCAACGUGAUGAUAACCGCCGUCAUGCAAGAAGGUGCCAACUCUACCAAGGCUCUAUUCCCGGGCAAGGACCCGUGGUAUAGUCUACGAGACGGAAGUUUCUUGGCACAAAACGAGUGGAAAGAAGUUGCCGAUGCUGAUAUGGUGUCUGUCAGGGGCGGUGCCAUCCUCCCCCUACAAGAACCCCCUGCCAAGGGCCCUGUGAACACGGCUGUGACGCGCUCAAGGCCGAUGCAGCUGUUGGUGGCGCCCGACGCGAAUGGUCGUGCUGUCGGAGAGCUAUACUGGGACGACGGUGACAGUAUCAAUACAUAUGACGAGAAGAAAUACAGCCACAUUGAAUUUUCAUUAGAAAACAACGAACUGAACAGCACAGUGCAAUGGUGGGGUUACGGAGUGCCUUCAGUCGACUCCAUAAUAGUCCUCGGCCAAGCAAAACCAAUAAAAUCAGUUACCAUAAACAAUGAACGCGUUGAUUUCAAGUAUACAAAGAAUAUACAAGUCUUAGAUAUUUACGGUUGUCAUACAUGCGGUUCAAAAGACUGUAAUAGGCAUGACCCAGAAAUAAUGCCUGAGCCAUGGACUGACUUGCAGAUACACAAACAAUUGGACCAGGCUAUAGAAGAUUUUUAUAACACAAUUUUAGAACAAUUUGUAAAUUCGUGGUACAGCAAAAUCACUCUGCAGCCAUUUUUUGUGGAUGAACUAAGACAUCAGCUUAGAUAUGCAUCAGCCUCGCUUCUCAGGCGAGCUUUGAAGAUAAAUUAUGCGAGAUUUAUAUGCGAUCGUUUAGUUCCAUGUGCAUUAAGACACUACUCGGUAAGCUCGGCAGGCUUCAAACAGCCGGUCCAUGUAGCGGUUAGCAACCGUUCCGCCGAGCUCAAGUACCUCCGUUGCUUGACUGAGACGAUACUGCCAUACGUAUUGAAAAAUUCUGAAUGUCAGAAUUCCGUGUUCCGCGUGCUGGUGCGCGAGAUCUUCGCGGGCUGGGCGCUGCUGUCGCUGGCGGACGUGCUGGCCGACCCGCACACGCUCAACACGCUCAUCGUGCUCGCCACGGGGCCCGUCGCCGCCGCCGACCUGCCGCCCACGCCCAACUACAAGGUGGAAUUUCUAGAAAACUUCGUCCGGCAAUCGGAAUCGGUCUACUGCGCACGGGCGAAGCUGCUGAGGAUCGACCUCGAGCUGCUCCUCAACAACCAGGAACACUUCUACGGAGUUCUGCACCACCUGAGGACCACGACCGAUAUAUAUCUGCUGCAGUUCUACAAGGACAUAAAGUCGUUCCAGACGCGGCUGCUGUCGCCGGAGCUGCCGGCGGGCGCGGCGCGCGCGCUGUCGGGCGAGGCGCGCGCGCUGCUGGCGGCGCACGCGCACGUGCCGCGCGUGGCGCUGCCCGCCGCGCUGCUGGACGAGCUGCGCGCGCUGCUGGACGCCGGGCCCGACUGCGUCGCCGGGUUACAAACGAGCCGCGCGCUGUACCAGGCGGCGAGACAGUCGCACGCGGCGCUGGAGAAAAUUAUGCUACCCAGGUUCAUGCAUAGCGAGGAGUUUUACAAAAUAUUUAUUGGACCAAGAAUACCUACGGGGUAUCAAAAACAAAUGACUAAACGACCUCAAGACAAGAUGAACAUGUUAAAAUUAGGAAUGAAACUGAGGAAUGCAAUAAAGUCUCAAGCGACGGACGGAGCGGUUUUGGAGACGAUGAACUCGGACCUCGACGACGGCGAGGGCAUCGACAACGUGGACAUUUUAAAGUACCUGGACUCCCUGGCCGCCGAGGACUCGAUGGACCAGGACUUGAGCGCGUACAAAGUAGUGCUGACCAACGUCGAGUGCAGAACGGCGGCGCCCCCCCGGCGCGGCGCGGUGCGCGUGUUCUCGCUGGCGGCGCAGCGCGUGCGCGGCGCGCGGUCGCCGUCGCUGGCGGUGGUGGCGCGCAGCGAGCACGACUUCCACCUGCUGCGCAGCAAGCUGCUGGAGUUCCACGGGGACGCGCUGCUGGCCGACCUGCCGCUGCCGUCCCGGAGAGAUAACAGCCCCCUUGAGACACUCCGAUACAAAUACGAAGACUUUCUCCAGCGGCUCAUCCAAAUCAACCUCCUCCAGACGAGCGAACUUCUCCACUUGUUCCUCACAGUGGACGGCGACUUCGCCACUGUAGUCCAGGCCUCCACACUCAACGCGCCUGGUCCGGAUCUCGGGAAUAUAUACCAAUCUGUCGCUCACAAACUGAGGAAGGAGAAGGGACAACAUUUAGAAAAUUUUCUAAGAAAUUUCCUAAUAUCCUGUGAUAAGGAACGCUAUCAAGCCUUGAAAAUUGGUAGCACUCGCGACGUAGAAGAAGCUCACGAAGUGAACGAAGAGGAAGCGGUCCAAAAAGUUAUUAAACGUCAGAGAAAUACGAGGAACAUUCACAAGUCAAUAUUCCUGAACAAUUUCGACGUCGAACCGGUUUUGAUCCAAACCGAUGUGGACUAUCAGACCACGGUUGUGGGCUUCUCGCAGUGUGUCAUGUAUUUAUUAUUGAAGGUGGUAAAGGCGAGGACCUUUGUGACGGGGAUCGUCGGUAACGUUUUCGGUAUGGUGCGCCACACCCUGGACGACAUGUUCAACGCGGCGCUCAACCGCGGCUUGUGUGACUUGCUCACUGAACGGCGGCUCGCGCACUUAAUACGUUUGGGUCACGAUAUUCUCUUCGGCAAGAAGUCCACGGCUCACGUAGACCCUCUGAAGCAACGUGAGCUGGCGAAACAACAGCUCCUGCAGACAAUACCUGUGUCUGCAACUAUCGCUUUUGGGCAAGGCCUGCCCACUUCGGUGUUGACAGCCUUUGAGGUUAUACAGUGCCCGCAGCUUAACAAACAGUUGUUCUACAAUCUGUUGGACCUCUGUGUAUUGGAGCUGUUCCCGGAGUUACGCAACAGAGAAUCAAAUCAAUCUACGAGUUAAUGUAUUAUUUUGUUAGUAUUAUUUUAUAUUUAAGUAUUUUUUGUAAAUUGCAAAUGAUUGCGUGUGAUGAUUCCCCGUGGUUUUCUAUGAUUUCUGUUAACUUUGUGCGUAAUUCGUAUUUAAUUGUAAAUAAACAGUAACGAUAAAUAUAUUUUUGUAAUAGUUUAGUUAUUUAUCUGUAGCCUCAAUCUGUGAUAAAGCUGAGGCUGCCAAUUAAAUAAAUAUAUGUAACAGGAAUUAGACACCAAAUAAAUUAUUUUCAUAUUUGA